UUAGGGCUCUCUACUCUAUCUAUAUAAACGCCCUCUCAUUUUUACAACCCUUAAAUUCUCUGUCCACUGACGCAAAGCAUCCUCUCAUCUUUUCAAUCCAUACACCCACAGCGUUCUUUGCAGUAUUGAGAUUCACAGGUUCACGAGGUUGCAAUGGGGAAAAGAAUUAGUGCGCGCAUCCGAAAAUUUAUUUCCAGUACUGAACCAGGGCCCACCAGACCGACUACUUCAAUGGGUGUGGAUGUAACAGAAGAAUACGCUAAUGCCUUCCGCACCGAAUCAUACCUCGACUUCUGGACACGUGUCGUGGCAUUAUCCAAUGGAGACUCAACCAAGUCCAAUAAGCGCAUGCCAAUGGAGUCAACUACCGCAGCUCGGCUCCCAUCCUAUCGGCUCUUCGCGGAGCACCUUUUGGAUCCGGACCAACCCAUGGUUGCUCGGAUCUUAACCAUGGCCCCGAACCACCCCACACUCUUAUCCGACUAUUUCACCCAAACAGCCGACGCUUCCAUCCUAUGUGGCCUCCUAUUAAAAGACAUUGACAGUACACGUGUCAAAUACCGUUCCAUCAAAACCAGCCUCCAAUCCUUAAAUGACAGGUCUACCCCUGAAACACUGACCCGCCUAACCAAAUUAACCAGUGCCUUGUCCCUGAUUCGCAUUCAAGCCAUUCAAGCUGGGUGCUCAAACUUGCUAAAACGGCUCGAGUCAACUCGCAACAAGGCUCGAGCAAAGCUUCGGCUAGCGAACAAAUUAAGAGCCGGCUCAGCUAUUUUCUUAGUGGCGCUAACGGCUUCGUUAAGUGUAAUUGUAGUCACGCAUGCUCUUGCACUAGUUGUGGCGAUGCCGGCUUUUAUAGCUGCUUCUCUUGACUUGGCUUCGGCGAGGAAGCUAGCUAGGAUGGCUGCUCAGCUCGAUGCAGCCACGAAGGGGACUUACAUACUAAACAGAGAUCUAGAGACUGUUAGCCGGCUCGUGGCUCGGCUGAAUGAUGAGAUAGAGCAUAUGCAUGGCAUGGUUACGUUUUGGGUGGGGCGUGGAGAGGACUGGAGCCAAGCCAGCGGCGAAGUGGGUCGCCAGCUGAAGAAAAAUGAUUGUAGCUUUAGGCAGCAGCUUGAUGAGCUAGAGGAACAUUUGUAUCUGUGUUUCAUGACCAUUAACAGGGCCAGAAAUCUAGUUGUGAAGGAAAUUCUGGAUCCGGGUCAUACUCAUAGCACACAAUGACCCCCGCGCGCUGGUGGUUGAAUGUAUAAAUUAUUGGGUCAUAGUCAGUUUCAAGUUUCAUAAAAUGCAGCAAAUGUUCCUAAUCGAUGUUACGUUACGAAUCUACGAUGCAGAGACCAAAGGCCAAAUUUGGGUUUACUAGGUAGAGUCUAUAUGCAUGUAAAUGGGUCGGUGCAUGAUUUAGACAGAUAAUAAACUACUACAAGGUCUUCAUGAUCUUCUUGAAACAGGACUGGGACUGGCUGGACUGGCUGGCGGUCAUUCAAUGCCAAACCAACCAACACAACCAUGCCUCUUCUGUUCAGGCUAUGACAUUACUGAUAUUUUUCUACAAACACAACCAUGCCUCUUCUCCUCCCUAUCACCCCAUUUUGCCCCUAAUUAAGGCCAUCAGAUUCUGACCCACAUCAACAAAACUAACAAGAUGGGGAUGAUUAGGAUGAUGAUGGGGUCCUAUUGGAUUGCUCACAAUUGGAUGAGGCCACCAAAGAGGGAAACUCAACAGCCUAUUAAUUGGGGAAGAAACAUUUCCAAAGGUGACAGACCCACCAUUAAUCUUCCUCUAUUUUCAAGAAUUCCUUUUUUUUUUUCCCCCAAAAUAUGUCACUCUUUGGUUUUAAAUUUUUUCAAAUUUUCAAAUGAAAUUAUUGACUUUGUGGGAAUCGGUGAUGGGUGUUUAAUUGAGUAUGGUUUUUGGAGUUGAUACGGUCUACUGAAAACAAAAAUCCAGAAAAUCUAAUUCCAGGUGAAGAAGAAGAAGAAAUUGGUGUGGUUCGGACUCGCAUGUUCAAUUUAGCGAGUUCGCUAUUUUACGAACCACUUUUCAACGUCUCUAUAUUAGAGAAGCGAAUGAAGGGUUUUGAUCAUUGUUGGACUAUAUAAUCUUAUUUAAGUUAGUUCCCUCUCUUAUCAAACAUGGGUUUUCAAUGUUAUGCCAGUCUAGUCCAAUGAAACAUACCAAACACAGCCUUAUAAAAGAAUGCCUCGCUAUAUACGGAUUCUUUAUGGACCCAAUGAUAGAUAUAAUUGUAAUUCAUAUAGGCUAUUUAAUCAUGUUUAUGAGAAUUUAUGAAUUACC